AUGGCUUAUUCUGAGGAGCAAGGAGGGGUGCCCUGUGGUUUCAUCCGCCAGAAUUCCGGUAACUCCAUUUCCCUGGACUUUGAGCCCAACACGGAGUACCGGUUUGUGGAACAGCUGGAAGAACGUUACAAAUGUGCCUUCUGCCACUCAGUGCUUCACAACCCGCACCAGACGGGGUGCGGGCACCGCUUCUGUCAGAACUGCAUCCUGUCCCUGAGAGAAUUAAAUGCAGUCCCACUCUGCCCUGUAGAUAAGGAGGUUAUCAAAUCUCAGGAGGUGUUUAAAGACAAUUGCUGCAAAAGAGAAGUCCUGAACUUAUAUGUGUAUUGCAAAAAUGCUCCUUCAUGUAAUGCCAAGAUUAUUCUGGGGCGAUACCAGGUGGCGGGGCCCACUGGCCUGUGUUAUCUGUUGCAGGACCACCUCCAGCAAUGCCCGUUUCAAGCCGUGCAGUGUUCUAAUGAGAACUGUCAGAAGCCAGUCCUUCGGAAAGAUCUGAAAGAACAUUUGAGCGCAUAUUGCCAGUUUCGAGAGGAAAAAUGCCUUUAUUGCAAAAAAGAUGUGGUAGUAAUCAAUCUACAGAAUCAUGAGGAAAACUUGUGUCCUGAGUACCCAGUAUCUUGUCCUAACAAGUGUUUGCAGAUGAUUCCAAGAUCUGAGGUGGAUGAACACCUCGCUGUGUGUCCUGAAGCUGAACAAGACUGUCCUUUUAAGCACUAUGGCUGUACUGUAAAGGAUAAACGGGGGAACCUGCUGGAGCAUGAGCAUUCAGCCUUACGGGACCACAUGCUUCUGGUUUUAGAAAAGAACUUCCAGUUAGAAGAACAGAUUUCUGAUUUAUAUAAGAGCCUAGAACAGAAAGAAAGUAAAAUCCAGCAGUUAGCAGAAACAGUAAAGAAAUUCGAAAAGGAGUUCAAGCAGUUUGCACAGCUACUCGGCAAAAAUGGAAGCUUCCUCUCAAACAUCCAGGCUCUUGCCAGUCUCAUUGACAAGUCCGCUUGGCUAGAAGCUCAAGUGCGUCAGUUAUUACAAGUGGCUAACCAGCAACAAAAUAAAUUUGAUCUGAGGCCUUUGGUGGAAGCGAUUGAUACAGUGAAGCAGAAAAUUACUCUGCUAGAAACCAAUGAUCAAAGACUAGUUGUUUUGGAAGGGGAGACUAACAAACAUGAUGCCCACAUUAAUAUUCAUAAAGCACAGCUGAAUAAAAACGAAGAGCGAUUUAAACUGCUAGAAGGUGCCUGCUAUAACGGAAAGCUCAUCUGGAAGGUGACAGACUAUAAGACGAAGAAGAGGGAGGCACUCGAUGGGCACACGGUGUCCAUCUUCAGCCAGCCCUUCUACACCAGCCGGUGCGGCUACCGGCUCUGUGCUAGAGCAUACCUAAACGGGGAUGGGUCCGGGAAGGGGACACACCUGUCGCUGUACUUCGUGGUGAUGCGAGGGGAGUUUGACUCACUGUUGCAGUGGCCAUUCAGGCAGAGGGUGACCCUGAUGCUUUUGGACCAGAGUGGCAAAAAGAACCACAUUAUGGAGACCUUCAAGGCUGACCCCAAUAGCAGUAGCUUUAAAAGACCUGAUGGAGAGAUGAACAUUGCGUCUGGCUGCCCCCGCUUCGUGGCUCAUUCCACUUUGGAGAGCGCCAAGAACACCUACAUUAAAGAUGACACCGUGUUCCUGAAAGUGGCCGUGGAUUUAACUGACCUAGAGGAUCUCUAGUCCCUGUUUCUGGGGGUGAUGAAGGACUUGUUGGGUCCAGAACCAUGGAGGAGGACACCUGUGAUUAUCAUAUGGACUGACA